CGUCAACAUCGUACUUUAAACUUCUUGAUCUUAAUAUUUAUCAACAUUGAAUUUUGUUUUACUUAUCUAUAUUAUCUUCCAGAAUUUUUUUGUUUCUAUGCUAAUAUUUCUCUGUUUUAUUACUGUUUCUGUAUACAUCUAUUAUUACAUUUUGGAACGUAAGUGGUGUGGCGACAUUUUUGCACAGCAGCCGUCAUUUCUUCCGUCAUAAUGUCAAAAGUAUCAAAAAUGGCGGCGGAUGGUGACGAAGUGAUUAGUGAUCAGGAAAAAGUUAGAAUUGUAUCAGAUUUCAUUCUACAUUCUCCGCCUGGUGAAUUUAAUGAGGUUUUCAACGAUGUAAGAGUCCUCCUGAACAACGACAGUCUUCUCAAGGAGGGGGCGAGUGGAGCGUUCGCACAGUACAACAAGGACCAGCUCACGCCCGUGCGCCUUGAAGGAUCCGAACUACAUACUUUAAUAACUGACCACAAUGAGCUUGGAGGUGGUAGAUUCUUCGAUCCUCGCUCCAAAAGAUCCUUCAAGUAUGACCACUUACGUAAGGAAGCUUCUGAGUAUGAACCGUAUGAGCCCGAUAAGGUCGCGGAGCCCUGGCGGGCGGCACUCGAUGAAGAACUUACAACGUACGUGGCCGCUCAUUAUAAACAUGUUGCCAGUUUAGUUGUUGGUCGUGCUUUAGAAUCUGGUGCUGUUUCACUUAUUGCGUGUAUUGAAGACCACCAGUUUCAGCCUAAGAAUUAUUGGAAUGGAAGGUGGCGCUCUGUAUGGACGCUGACAGUUGGUGCUGGCCCUGCUGAGUUGCGUGGCAUGCUGCGUGUACAGGUACAUUAUUAUGAAGAUGGCAACGUUCAGCUGGUGAGCUCUAAAGAAGUACGUUUACCAUUAGUUGCGACAGGAGAGGCUGCAACAGCCAAAGAAUUUGUCAGGCUAGUAUGUGAUGCAGAGAAUGCCUACCAAACAGCAAUUUCUGAUAAUUAUAAGACUAUGAGUGACACAACAUUCAAGGCGCUUAGACGGCAGCUGCCAGUCACUCGUAGUAAGAUUGACUGGGCACGCCUUGUUUCUUACACAAUUGGAAAGGAGCUUAAAAGCCAAUGAUGUCCUGCCGCUGCGCUCUGAGCCGCAGCGGCUGCUCCACGCCUCUGUACAUACUUGCAUAAGAGUAAAUCAUGUUCAAAUGUUUAUGGGCACUGGGGCUUUCUACUCCAAUGUGCGUACUAUCUAUGAAUUAUAUAGAAGAAUCGCUAUCAUAAUGUUAAAUUUUAUUGCAUUUUGUUACUCUCAGUAUGAAACAAUUAUUAAAUGGUGGCGAUUGCUGAUUCGAUUGGACAGUUUCAUCUCUUUAUGAGAAGAGAUGGUGUUUUUUGAUUUUGUCCAUUUCUGUUGGUAGCAUUGCAGUUCUAAAGUAAUGUUGUACUUAGGUGUGGACCUGCUUUAGAGCAGUAUAUAUGUUUUCUAGAUAAUCCCUAUGACUGAAACGUCAAAUUGGUAUUACAGUUUUAUUUAUUUGCUUUCUGAAUGAGGUUGGUUAAGUAAGCAAUACAAUGAAAACCUUUUUGUUCUUAUAUUUUUAUGUUUGUAAUAUGUCAAUUACAGAUUAAUUACCUUUGUUUUGAUAUGAUUCUAGCUAUGUUUGUUAAUUUAGUAUCAAGGUAAAGUACACAGUCCAUCCAAAUUGAUAUUCUUGUAUAAUCAGUAUUAUUUGAAUUAAAACAAUAUUGCUUGCCUAACUGUGUGUUAUAUGAGAAUUUAACAGUAAAGGAAUAGGGGAAGAUUCCCAAUGGUGCAUUUAAAAUGUAGUUAAUUUAAAUAAAUUGUCCACAUAGCUUUAAUGCAGCAUGUAUGAGCAAAGAGCACAAUAUUUUCCAUUAUACAGAAUAUGUUUCAUGUUUUGCUCAAAGAAAUAUGUAACAUGUAACUCAAAGAAAAAAAGGAAGAAUUAUAAAAGGUUAUUACCAUAUAAUAUGGUUCUUGAGAGUUAGAAUGAAUGCAUAACUUUUUUUAUAUAAUAUGUAAUAAUUAUAACGCCAAUAAUGAUUAUUUUGUAAUUAUUAUAAUUAUUUUUAAUAAAAAAAACAUACAUUAUAAAUACAAGUAUUCUGUAAUGUAUGAUUGAAUUAAUUUGAAUAAAAAUAUAUAUUAAAAUGUUGCUAACUACUGUUUUCUUAUCAUUUAACUUCUGAGGGUUUCAUGAAACAGGAAAAGGAUAUAGAUAAGAAUACAGUUUCCUUUGCCACAUACAUACAUAGGUUUAGAAUAUUUAACUCAAUGUCCAUGCUGUGAUAAAGUAUUUAUGAGCAUGUGUAUGAGUCAUCGUAGGGUGACGACUUUGUAUUGAGCUACCUGCCCAGCCCAUCCUAUCUUGUAAUACAAUGAGCCUAAUAAUCUAUAAUUUUGCAUUGACUUAUCAAGGAGUUAUCUUUUAUAUAUAGACUUGGAAUGCUUGUCAACAACAUAACACUGACUUACACAGGAGUGGUCUGAUAGGCAUUUGCUUAGCAUCCAGUGUGCGAAUUUUGUGAGUUCAAUAAAACAUUACACUGCAACCAGUGGCGCAACACUGAAAAUUACUGAAAAUCAUUAAUAUAAAGAAGAAAUA